AUGAGGUAUUUGUCUUGUUCUUUGAUCCAAUUCCAAAUAGGAAAACUGAUAGUUGCAAUAAUCUCCAUCCACAGAUAUGAAGGUGCUCUAGAUCCUUGGAUGUCCUCUUUAUGGGAUAUGCUAUAUCAAAAGAAUCCAAAAUUGUUCCCCAAUGGUCCAGGUUUUGUGAUUUCAAAUAUGUAUUUGGUGGAGCAACCUAAAGUACAGAUCACAUAUCAUGAUGCUAAUGAAAUCGGAUCACAAUUUUCAAGUACCCAAAAUUUAAAAUGUCUUGAGGAGCAAAUUGAGAAGGCUCGCUCAAUGUCCCCUGGGAGAAUUUCACACAAUAAAAAUAGACCCGACUGCUUUUUAAAAAUGAUAAAAAACUGUCAACUAACUACAGCAGGGUGUGGGAAAGAUGUACGGCACAUUGAGUUUGAAGCGGUUUCAUCUGCUAUUGACUACGAAGUUGGGGAUGUUCUUGAGGUUCUCCCUUGUCAAAGUCCUGCUGCUGUGGAUGCCUUCAUAAAGCGCUGUAAUUUGAACCCAGAGUCAUAUAUCACAGUUCAGUCUAGAUAUAUACAGAAUCGCCUUGUUGAUACUUCUGUAGAUAGCUCAAAAGGCCCGGUGAAAUUAAAGACUUUUGUGGAGUUAACGAUGGAUGUAGCAUCAGCUUCUCCUAGACGUUAUUUCUUUGAGGUCAUGAGCUUUUUUGCCAGUGCUCAACAUGAGAAGGAAAGGCUUGAAUAUUUUGUCUCACCUGAAGGAAGGGAUGAUUUAUACCAAUACAACCAGAAGGAAAGAAGAACUGUUUUGGAGGUAUUGGACGAUUUCCCAUCAGUGCAAUUGCCAUUUGAAUGGUUGGUGCAGCUGGUCCCUCCAUUACAAACAAGGGCUUUCUCCAUUUCUUCUUCUAAUUUUGCCCACCCUAAUCAAGUACACCUUACCGUAAAAGUGGUGUCGUGGACAACACCGUUUAAGAGGAAACGCACAGGUCUUUGCUCUGUGUGGCUAGCUGAACUUGAUCCUCAACAAAGAGUUUAUGUGCCAGCAUGGUUUCGCAGGGGUUCUCUUCCCUCCCCACCACCAUCUCUUCCUCUCAUUCUCAUUGCACCUGGGACUGGCUGUGCACCUUUUCGUGGAUUUGUGGAGGAAAGAGCCUUGCAAAGUAAAUUUGAUUCAGUUGCCCCGGUGCUCUUCUUCUUUGGUUGUCAAUAUAAGGAGAACGACUUUUUAUACAGUGAUUUUUGGUUGUCUCAUUCACAAAAUGGUGGCGUCCUUGCUGAGGAGAAGGGCGGUGGCUUCUACGUUGCCUUCUCCAGGGACCAGCCGCAGAAGGUUUAUGUGCAACAUAAGAUGCGGGAGCAGAGCACCAGAUUGUGGAAUUUGCUCAGUGAGGGGGCUGCUGUCUAUGUUGCAGGUUCUGCAGACAAAAUGCCCGCGGAUGUAUUGUCAACCGUGGAAGAAAUUAUUUCUAAAGAAAGUGGGGUUCCGAGGGAAGCUGCUGUGAGGUGGCUUAGGACGCUGGAAAAGGCCGGUAAGUACCAUGUUGAAGCGUGGUCGUGACCCUGCUCAAACCUUGUUUUCUAAUGGCGAAUCUUGUGGAGGAGAGUGCAAGCAGUGAUUUUGAAAUAGUUACUCAAUGAUGGAUGAUUUAUUGUAGAGAAAAAAAAUAAGAAAAAUGUACUGGAAGAGAUUGAGAUUUUAGAAUUUUUAAUUGAUCUUAAAAGACACUAUUGGAUUAUAAUUUAAGUUUCAUUUGUAUGAUGGUACUCUUGAUUAACAAUGAUAA